AGCGGGGGGGGGGGCGGGGGGAGGGGGGGGGGCCUGCACACUGGGGGGGCGGCACUGGGCGGGAGGGGGGGCACUGGGGCGGGGGGGGGGGGCGGGGGGCGGGGGGGGGGGGGAGGCUGGGUACAAGUGGGCGGGCGGGGGGGGGUGAGGCACUGCACUGGGCUCUGGCACUGGGAUGGGGCGGUCCGGCUAGGGACGAGGGGGGGGGGGCGGCUGGAGGCCUGGGGCGAGGCCUGGGGGGGGGGGGGCGGGGGUGGGGGGGGGGGCC